GCGUCACGCGCUACGACAACACAACAAUAAUAAGAACUAUCACAUAUUUUUUUUUAUACGCGUUCAUUAUUGCUGAAGUAGUUGAUAUUAGAGGCGAGGAACGCGCACAAUGCCAAUAGCUUAAUAAUACAGUGAUCGCUGAUUACGACGGCGACCUGCGAGUGAGCCGAGUUGUUGUUCCGAUAGUGUUCCGAGGACCGUCUUUUGUAUUUGUACGUCCUCUCUCCACCACCGCCGCAGCCGCCGCCCAGAGUCUGGCGACUCGUGCCGUACAGGUAGGCACUGACGUCGUGGCCCACCCGUUGCAGCGAUAUUAAAUCAUCGACCGCCGUCCAACUCGAUAGCCCAGAAAGGUCCGCGAGAGGAUUUUUCAACGGCUCCGAUUAGAACAUCGUCGUCGUCACCGCCGCCGCCCGCUCUUCAUUUCUCGUCGUCGUCGUCGUCGUCGUCGUUAGUGUCGUCGCGCUACUGGUUUUUAAUUGAUAAAAAUAUUAUAUUAUUAUUAUUGUUACAACACUAACGCUGUACACGACGCCCUCUCCGCCAUCGCCGCAGUAAACACCUUCGCGUGUGUCACGUACGGUGUCAACAAUUAUAAUUCAACGACUGCUAUGUGUUGUCGUUAGACGCGAAUAGUGAUAGUUGGCAGCGGAUGAAGUAUUUUUGUUUAUUUGUUUCCUCUCCCAAAUAGUCGAUCUGUGCAGGCACAACAGCGUCGUCACUCGCCGUAAAAACAAUAUGUGGAAAGUACGAGAACUCGCCGAUAAAGUGACCAACGUAGUCCUCAACUAUACAGAAAUUGAAGCUAAAGUCAGAGAAGCCACCAACGAUGAGGCUUGGGGUCCAACAGGUAACCUUAUGCAAGAAGUAGCACAAGCAACAUUUAUGUUUGAGCAUUUCCCUGAAGUCAUGGGAAUGCUAUGGAAACGAAUGUUACAUGAAAACAAGAAAAACUGGCGAAGAACUUAUAAAAGUCUAUUAUUAUUAAAUUAUUUAGUUAAAAACGGAUCUGAAAGAGUGGUUACGUCAGCACGUGAACAUAUUUAUGAUUUAAGAGGAUUAGAAAACUAUUCUUUUGUUGAUGAAUUUGGUAAAGACCAAGGAAUCAAUAUAAGGCAUAAAGUCAGGGAGCUGAUUGAUUUUGUACAAGAUGAUGAUAAGUUGAGAGAAGAAAGGAAAAAAGCUAAAAAAAACAAAGACAAAUAUAUUGGAUUAUCCAGUGAAGCCAUGGGCUACAAAGGAGCAGGAGGUGAGAAGUGGGACGAUGCACCUAGGUGGAAAAAGGACAGUAAUAAUGAAUUUAGUGACAAAAAAAGUAGUAGUACACUAGGUUUUGAAGAAUCACCUAAUAACAGUGAUGAAAAUGAUAUAGUGGAUUCAGAACCAGAACUUGAUUUGCCACAUAAACCUUCUGCAGAAGCAUAUAAAGACCGUAGUAUGUCACCUACCAAAAUUCUAAGUCCUGCUAAACAUAGAACACCUAUUAAACGCAUCGAUUUGGGUGCAGCAGCACAUUAUGGCAAGACACAAUCUGUGAUCAACUCUCCAGUAUCUACCAAUAUUCCUUUAGAUACAGAGACCAGCUCUGUUGAUUUGUUGAAUAUUGUAGGCAACAGCAAUAAUCAAUCAAAUGAUUUUGGAGAUUUUAACGCAGUUUUUAGUGCUGCUCCUAAUACUGACAUUGUAGUAGAAAAUAAUAGUACCAAUAAUGAUGAAUUCGCUGAUUUUAGUUCAGCAUUUACUCAGUCUAUGUCUUUAAACAGCAACUCAACUAUUUUAGCUAACCAAAAAAUUAUUUCUAAUUCUGAUCUCCUAACAUCGUUACCACAGUCAUCUACAAAUGGAACAAGUCGUAACUUGUUAGAUUUGAACUUUGACGCUUUAGAUAACACAGCAACUGGAGUGAUGUUGAAGACACUUCUAGAAUCCAUUCACCAACGUUCAGAUUCAAAUAUUAAAAGAUUUUUUCAAGAAUUUACUGAAUAUUUGCCAGGUCCAAUGACUCCACAAAAAUUUACAAAACUUGAUUGUUACCCAAACUAUUCUCAAGUUAUCAAAGUAUACAGCCAAGUACUUGAAAUAAUUUUAGAACAAACAAAUUUUGUUGAUUAUAUUGAUUUGAUUUCACCAAUAUUUGCCCCAGACGGCGGUACUUUAGAAAUGCUUGACAUAUCGCUACAUGUUUUACUAAACUAUGUCACUUCUAAUGCAUUAUCUCUUAGAACUGAUUAUGCCAUUGAAUUAAUCAGCUUAAUAAUAACAAGCGAUUUAAUAAAAUCAUCAUUGAUUAUUGAAACUUUAAGUUCUAACCAUAAUCGUUUUAUGGUAGUUAUUGAAUUUUUAUUGUCAUUACCACAUAGACUAGCUAACAAAGUUGGGAAGAAUAUACCUAAAUUGUUUACGCCUGUAGAGUUUUCUAACAGAAUAAUGAAUCAUAUAUUGUUUGUCAUUGACCAGUUAAGCCAAUUUUAUGCUUUAGAAAACAAGAAGCCCAAUACAAAACCACUUUCAAUAGUGUUAGGCAAAACUAUUGCUUCUUAUCUUCAAAAUGAUUUUUCUACUUCUUUGAAAAUAUUAGAAUGUUGGUGUUUAGAUGAUAACUAUGCAGUUGUUAUUAGAAGUAUUCUUUCAGAAGUUGACCGACGAGCAAUUGAUAGACUUGGUUAUUUGUUUUGUCGUAAAUUAUCAACAUCUGAUUCGUUACAUAGUCUUAUUGGAAAUGCAGUAAAUGAUGUGCCCAACUGGAAUUACACUUUUUGCAAAAAAAUGAUAUUUCUUACUUAUCACGAAGAUGACAAUAUAGCAUUAAAUCUGAUGAAUUACUUAUACUUUGUUCAAAAAGAUUCUAAUUCUAAUAUAUUAAGUACUAUAAUCUUAGAACUUGUUCAAAUUUGGGGAGAUAAAAGUGCUUUGAUUCAUACACCUUUUGAACAACAUUACUACUUAUCAAAACUUAUUAUUAUUGGUUCAGUAUGUUUAUCAAAUUUAACAUUGGAUGAUGAGUUUAAAAGAGAUGUUGAAAUUAAACUCUUUGAAGGUGUUCCAAUUCAUCUGGAGAGUUCAGAAGAAAAAGUUCGAACUAUAGGAAUGAUAGUAGCAGAGAUUAUUAUUGGUAUUGUAAAGCGCAAUCAAAAAGAAGGAGCACCUACUUUAAAUUUUGAGUAUGACAAAUUACAGGAUGAAUCCAAAUUGAUAGUAAAAUCUCUGAACGAAUUAAAAAAUUGUAAAAGUCGUAAUGAAUUAGUAUUUAACGAUGCUUUUAAAAUGUUAAAUAACUUUUUUGAAGAUUCAGAUAUUAUCAUAACUAGAUGUACUAACACAAUAACUACAUUUCAUAACAAGGCAGUGAAAAAGACAGAAAAUACAAAUGAAAAUAUUUUAGAUAGUGAUGAUGAUGAAUUUGACCCUUAUGAUUUAUCAAAUGAUGUUGAAAUGGAUGUCAAAAAUAGACCCAAGUACAUACGUGAUCUUAUUGAUGGUUUCAAUGAACAAAAAGAUUGUAAGGUGUGGCUGGGCUGUUUAGAAGCAUCCGAAAGUCUUAUUAAAUCACAGCUACCUAAUGAUGAUGUUUCAUUUGCUAUUGAGCUGUUGACAUUAUUGAUCGGUAUGGAUCAACAAUUUUACAUGGAGAAUUUUGAAAGCCUUAGGUAUCAAUCUGCUGUUGCUGUAGUGAUAGUUUUUCCUUACGAUUGUGCCAAACACCUUUGUCAUCUUUUUUAUGAAUCUAUUGGCAAAUAUGCUGUUUCUCAUCGCAUUUUAAUCCUAAAUGUAUUGACUGGUUCUGCAAAAGAAUUAUCAGGCUUUCAAAAGGUUGAAGAGAAACAAGAAGAACCAAUUGCCGAAGUGAAUACUUCAAAGUAUUGGGAAGAUGUUAUCAAAAAAAGAGUUCAGCUAAAGACCAGAAUAAUUUCCAAUCCUAGAAAACCUAUAAAAUCUCAAAGUAAUCGUUUUGUAUCCGUAGCUGAUGCAUUUUUCUUCCCUCUCAUUCGUGGAAAUUUAAUUGAACCAAUCGUUUCCCAACAAAUUGACAAUACUAAACAGUUGGACAUUCUUGGAGUACAUCUAUUAAAUUCAUUAUCAGUUAUACUAUGCUGUGCGAUUAAUUCUACCCAUGCAACUCGUAUGGGUGUAGAGCUUUUAGAAUGGACUUGGUCAUUAAGAUUUCACAAAGAUGUAAAAAUAAGAAUCGCGGUGAUGGGUUGCCUAGCUGCCGUUUUGUUGUCUGUGCCUAAAUCUAGAUUAGUUGACUUGGGAAGCUCAUUAGUUGAAUUUGUAAUGUGGUUGGAAAAUGUUGUCACGUCUGAAGGAGUAAUGAAUAAAGUCGAUAAUGAAGUAAAUCAAGAAGCAAGAAAAUUUGCUGUUCAAGUUCUGUUACUUUAUAGAAAUGUUGUUGGUGAUCAAAAUAUGUUUUCAUAAUGAUAUUAAUAUUUCAAUUCCAUUAAAAUGAUGUGCAUUCCAAUUAAGGAAAAAUA